AUGGCAGAGCUUGAACCACAGCGAGCUCGCCGCUUGUCGGCCGAAAAUCAGACCAUCUCCAAAUCUGAAAUCCCCAUAAAGGAACGGUUCUUCCGCUACUUCCAACAUGAGAUCACGGCUUUACAACAGCAAAUGGAUCGCCUUGCAGACACCUCCCUAGUUGGUGGUGAGCGGGCUGAUGCUACAGACCAUUGCUUGGCCGGGAUUGUACGGCUAUCAAACGAGGUUAAGGACGCGGCAAGCUAUAUUCCUACUUAUGAUCAGAGGGUUUAUGCAGAAGCGAUCAAAGCUUUGCAGGAAAAGCUAAACGAGACCCGCGCAGCAUUUGAACCUCGAUCGAAAUUCAGCUUCAAGACAAAGAAAAAUCCUUCCGCGAUUUCUCUGUCUGACGCAGCUACGCUGGCGGCCGAGGGUCGUCGAAGUAUCCCUGGAUAUCGCUCGCCGGGGGCAUCAUCAGUGGGCUCAUCUGCCAAUCAAACCCCGAACUACCCUUCCACCCCUCUUAACGAACCAGACAAACAGCACCAAGAGAGACCCGAGAUUGGACCGACUUCAUUUCCUAUUAUUUCUGUCAACGAGGCGGAGCUCAAGCCUCAAGCUCAUGAAAAGACCAGCUCGGGAUUUACUGCCAGUGGUAUUUCGUCUGUGGCCGUGGAUAAUCAUUAUGGUUUACACAUUAUGCUACCAGCAUCUGGGUCAAGCCCUACCGUUCCAGCAUCAAUCACCUCUCUGCAUCACUGCAUUGUUGACAUGUCUAUUCCUACCGCCAACGGGAAACCAUUUGCUAGUCUGACAAUCAAGAGCAUAGAGGAGAGCUUACUGAUCUGCGGUCAGGUGAAUGGACCAGCCCAUAUCACUGGCGUUGAUCAUAGUGUGAUUGUUGUGUCGUGCCGUCAGUUCCGGAUGCACAACUGCAAAGAUGUCGAUGUCUACCUCAGCUGUUCUAGCAAUCCUAUCAUCGAGGACUGCUCAAAUGUCCGCUUCGGCCGGAUACCUAAGGCUUAUGCCUUAGACCACGAACGUUCCGAUCACGAAGAUCGCUGGAGCCAGGUCGAAGAUUUCAAAUGGAUUAAACCAGAGCCUAGCCCGAAUUGGAGCCUAUUGGAUCCGAUGGAUGCAGUUCCGGAGGGAGUGAAAGCAUAG